GCUCUCAGAGGUCCAUAGAAGAGGAAGAAGAAGGAGGAAGAAGAAGAGGAGGAGGAGGGAAGAAGAGGCGGGCGCUGUCUUGUUCCUCUCAUAUUUAUCGUCCUCCCGGCCCUCUCGUCGCCUCUAUGUCCUUUCCUUAGCAACAGAAGGAAGCCCAAAUGGCAGAGAGCAAGAGUGGGGCAGAGGAGGGCCCGGAGUCUCCCACCACCACGGAGACGACCAACAACUCGGAUGCAACGGACACGGAGCGGGAGUGGGCGCAGGCCGCCCAGGCGCAGUUCACCAAGGGGAACCAUGUGGCCGCCCUCACGCUGCUGUCCUAUCUCCAGGGGACGAGGCCCAAGGAUCCUAAAGUCCUGAUGAACAAGGCUGUGGUGGAGUACUACAAAAGUGACCUGAAGAAGACCGAUGCCUUUAGAAAGCAGCUGGCCGACAUAUGUGUGCAUUGUGGGAUCAAGAUGGACGAGGUCGGCACCGGGGAUGAGGUGGAGCGCAGUGUCAUCCGCUUCAACCACUGCGUCGUGCUCUACCACCUCCACCAGUACCGUGCCGCCCUCGCCCUCCUGGAGAAGAUGUACACCGGCCUUGAGUCUCUCGAGGAGAGUGUAGGCAUAGGUGUGUGUCUCCUGAUGGCUGAGUGUCACCUGGGCACACACCAUCCCGAGCGAGCCCUCACCAUCAUCACCCACACGGAGACCACCUUCCUGCCUCAGCCGCUGCCCCACACGCCCUCACACAAGCAGCCGCCACCACAGGAAAAGGAAAACAAUCAACUUUAUUUCAGGUCCCCAGAAAAAAUCAGUGUUUCUGGAGGCACUGGGAGCAGCAGCAGCAGCAGCAGCAGUAGCAGUAGUAGCAGCAGCAGCAGUAGUACGGCAAGCACAGCGGCUGAUGAGAUCCGGUGCAGCGCCACACAGGAGCAGCUGCGAGGGAAGCUUCAGCAGUUGCGGGUGCGGGCGCAGCUGAUGAUGAGGGCGCUGAAGGUGGCCAAGAAGGAGCUCAAGAUGAUAGUGACGCACGCUGUCGCAGGCAACUCCUUGAACGUGACUUUGAUAAGCCUGAAGAGUCAGCUCGAAUACCUCAAAGGCAACUACCGGAAAGCCAUCAAAGUGCUUAACCAGUGUGCAGCAAUACCUCCCCCUAGUCCGUCGUAUGGUCCUAGUCUUGGUGUGAUGUACUAUAAUAACCUGGGCGUCAUUCACCUGGGCAUGGGCAAGCCUACCGUGGCUUGUCUCUACCUUCAGAAGGCCCUCCAGGAAACUCAGGUUAAAGAGGAAUCAAAUUCCUCGGGUAAUUCAGAGGAGGUGUUGUCGCAGCAGCCCCUGUACCAGCUGAGCAGCAACGUGCAGCCGGAGCUGUACUACAACCUGGGCGUGACGCUGCUGCACAUGAACAAGCCCGACAAGGCCUUCGACUUCCUGCUGGAGGUGCUGCAGGUACAUCCCAUGAACCCCCGGCUGUGGCUGAGGCUGGCGGAGUGCUGCAUCCUCGUACACAAGCUGGGCCUGAAGGAAGACCUCAGCUCCAAGAGGAACAUCAUCCAGGGAACAGUAGGAGUCGGGGUGCAUCGCAAGAUCUGCCUCGCCACGCGCAUCACAGAUCACAACAAGAAAAAGAGUGACCUGCACCCAGAGUCAGACGCGGCCUUCCCUGAACCCACCUUGGAGUUCGCCCGGCUGUGCCUCCGCAACACCCUCAUCCUCCUGCCAGAGAAUGUGUCCACCACCUCCCUCACAGACGAGCAGGAAGUCUCAGGGGUGAUGCCAGAGCUUUACCCCGCCGGGCCGUCCUCUCCCCUGCGUGGUGCUGAGGUGCUGCGUCUGAGGGUUUCGGCACUGGCCUGCAGCGCCUACGUGGGCCUCUGCCUCUCGGACUUCUCCACGGUGCUGAGGCAUGCGGAGCAGCUGCUGGUGGCUCAUCCAAAGAUGCCUGGAGUAUACAAACUGCUGGGCCACCUCUACGCCAGCGAGGCCCUCAUCUCCCUGGGCAAGGUGACGGAGGCCAUACAGCACUUGGACCCACGUGUGGUAGGGGACGUCUCCCUCUCCCCUCAGGCACAGGAGGCCUCGGAUGCCCCCCAGGCCAUGAUGUCCUCCCAAGGCUGGCUCAACACCACCACCACCACCACGGCCAUGCAGGUGAUGCGGUACAACCUGAGUGUUGCGUACGCCCUGCGCGGGGAGUGGGAGAAGGCGAACAACCUGCUGAAGGAGGUUUGGGUGGAGACCAAUGGGAACAUGCCGGCUCAGUUUAUCAUGUUAGCCAUGUAUAUCAACCUGCAGAUGGGUCACGUUGAUAUCAUGAAGAACAUUGUCAAGAAGAACAUUCUGCUUACAUGAGGAACGGUUCCUGGCCAAGAUGCUCACACUUAGUUGAUAUUACUAUUAAUAUAUAAACAUAUUCCUUUUCCUAUUAAACUGUAAGUGCAGACAUUUCUUAAUUCAUCCGAGGCUUUACAUUCCACGUACUACCGCAGCUAAUCAAAUUUCCUGCCAUUAAAAUUAUCAACCGUCGUAAAUUGGGAGGCCGAGUUAAACAAGCGAAAUACACAAGACUGCCUAUACUUGUACGGGUUUAUUAUGUCAUGAGUAUAGGGUGCGCUCGCCAAUUUGUAUGCACUACCCUAUUUAGCACUCACCAGGGGAAAGCUAUACUCCGGAAGACCAAGGUAGAGAAACGAACUACCUCUGAAAACUUGCACGGUGGAAACUAUGCCGAAAUAUUCCAGAGAAGUUUUUUUUCCCCUGCUACGAACAGGUGAUUAUCGAAGCAGUUUGAUCUGAUUAAAAGAAAAAAGCUACUCCAGAAGACGAAGGUAGAGAAACGAACUCGCACUCAUGGAUACUUUAAAGAAAUAUUCCGGAGUGGGUAUUUUCCUGCUAUGAAGACUCGACCAUUGGAGCAGUGUGUCCCAAUUGGUGUGCAUACUCUAUAGAGACUGGUCUGAGGAGAGCAAACAGAGGCAGAGAAGGGCUGUUAGGUAGGCAGGGAUGAAAGGGUGCACGAGGGGUCAGGCCAUUCUUGUGAUUCAUGUUAGGGGAGAAUCUGAACCAUUUUGCUGCUGGGGAUCAUACACACGAGUUUUCCAUUCCCCUCUCAUGCAGGAAACCAGGUGCAGUGUGUAUGUAUGUAGAUAUGAAUGUAUAUAGUAUGAGUACGCAUGUAAUGUGUACGAGUGUCUUAGUAAGUUGGGGACAUAUGAAUUCUGGGGUUAAACAGAGAGGCUGCUACAGAUUGACCUAGAGUUGAGGGCUGCUGUUAGGAGAUCAAGGCUAACAUAUGCAAGGGUAUCCAGCCUUUCAAAAUGACCGAUGACGUGAUGAGUAUGACCUUUCCGUGGCCUCUCCCUCCAGCCACCCUUGUCUAGUGCGGGCAUUCGGGAUUUAAACAACUCUGCCGCUUCUCCUCCUCCUCCUCACUCCAGUCUGGGGCCAUUAGUCAGUGGCUUGAAUAAGUAAUGGAGUCUUGUUAUUUGAUGCUGUUUUUAUAUUGACUCGAAAUGUCGUUCUAAUUGGCGUGUAAUUCAGAUGUUAAAUUGAGGUUUGUGUAUGCGUGAAUUAAGAGGUGUCUGCCCCGAACAUACAUUCUACUUGUCGAAACUGUGAUUUAUGAAGGCAGUUUACAGGCGCUUCCUCCUUAGUGUACAUUCAUUGUUGGCAUAAUUAACACAGAAAACUGGUAACUAGGCUAGGAAAUGUGUAUAAAAAAAUUACUAUAUUUCUUCACCUGCUGCCCAAGAUUUUUAUUACUGGUUGUAUCAGUGAAGCCACCAUGUGUUGGGUGAAUAAAUAAAAGAGAAAACAGCAAA